CAACGCCAUUCCCCACGGGCCACCACCCAUUGCGAGAUGGAACCCGUUGGUCUUGCUGUCGGCAUCGCUGGCUUGGCCGGCCUCUUCACGACUUGCAUCGAGUGUUUCAACAUCGUCCAGCAGGGGCGUUACUUUGGGCGCGAUUACUGGAUUCUCGAGGCAAAAUAUGCAAAUCAGCGCCUUCGACUGCAGACCUGGGGAAGAGCUUGUGGAUUCACGGAUGCGAACAACCGCACGAACCUGCCAUGGAAUGAUGAUGUCCGACUCGCGGUUGAGGCGACUUUGCAGCGCAUGGCCGGCCUCUUUCAGGACCAUAGAACCCUAUAUACCCGCUACGGUCUCUCUCUGGCAGAAUCAGAGUCUGGCAAAACAUCCGCCUCGGCGAUACUUGGGGCUUUUGCCUCCAAGCUUCAGGCGCGAGCAUCGAGCUUGGUCAAGGCGCACACCGACGCUGCAUUGCCUUGGUCAUCCUCUCCGAGGCGCCCUGCGCUGCCAACGGCGAUUCGUUGGGCGGUCGAUGACAAACGCAAGUUUGCCGACUUGGUACAGCACUUGAAAGACUUCAACGACGAUCUUGAAGCCCUGACGAGUGAGCUGAAUGUCCGACACCGCCAACGGGACCUGAUCCGAGAGGAGGUCGGCAGUAUCAUCGACGUCGAGGAACUUGAAACGAUCGAAACCGCGCGCAUGGGCAUUAGUGAUCCGGUCGCUGACGCUGCCAGUCUGCGGUUGUGCCAGAUCCAAGAGGGGGGACAGCGCCCUGCCAACACCCCGGGAAGGGAUGAGAGCAUUUCCACGGAAGUGCCAGUCGGGACACCUUCUGUUAGCCCGGCUGAUGCAGCGUGGGAGGUAUUGGACCAGCCUGUUCCCCUUGCCAACAUGGACUCGCGAGAAAGUGUGCCCUACCAAGUCCUGCACAGAGUCGUGUGUGACUCGCAACCGGUGACAAUCUUCUUCGACGAGCCCAACUAUCAAACCACAAGCGGUCCAAAUCACCAGUGGCUUGUCAUCGACGAAUGCAACCCUCUCCACAACCCAACGACGUUGCAUCUUUCUGGCAAACGGGCUUUGCCCAGCCUCGGGCCAUACCUUGAGCAGAACAGUCACUUGGCUUUCGUGUUGUUUAAGGAGUACACAUGUUGCCAUGACAAUAUCACCACCCGAACGGCAGCGUCGACGGAGUCCGGCAUCUACCUUAUGUCUGAUGCCUUGUGUUCAACCCUGAAAUCGUUAGACCUCAAGGCAGAUCCCCCGACGUUUUGUCCGACCAUGGAGCUCCGCUCUCCCUACGAAUGGUAUUUCCAUAACAAGGCUUUACUCGACAAAACACGGCCUCUCAAGCCCUCCCCAGGUAAGGACGCGCAUGCGGUGAGAGGAACAGAGACCCUCCUGGAUUGCAUCCAGAGCUGCAUGGCGCACAUCUACGACCCGAUUGAGCACUCUGGCGUAGUGAGAUGGGAAAGUCUGCCCCUGGUUUUCCCUCCAGGGGGCAUGGUGAUCGAGCGAAAUUCCGAGGGUGAUGACGACGAUCGGGCCUUUGUACAAGUUGGCCCCGUUCAAUUCACGCGCACCACGGACGAGGAAAAGGCCGAAGUUCUCGAAAUCAAUGUGACAGGCAGACUACACUCGUUGACUUCACAACCCCUCCUUUCCGAGCCCCAUCUGCACGAGGUUCGGAAGCUUCACAUUCCCCGGUCCCAUUUUCACAAAUCCGGUCAAGAGGCACGCAUGUAUAAGCUACCUAUCUGCCCAGCCGGGUGGGCCGGUGAUGAUGUCAGGGGGUAUCUCGUUGACAGGGGACAAAAGUAUUGGAAGUUGGGUCGGGGUACGCAUUUGGUGACAGACGAGUCUGAAAGUGUUUCAGGUUUUGCAGAUGGGCUCGAUCAAUAUAUCGUCGACGCGGCAGAAUACGAACAUCUUCAACGGCCCCGAUUUACGGACUUGACAGAACGGGUUCCGCAUCUUGAUCUUUUUAGCGAGGAGGAAGAGCAGCUCCAAGAUUGGCAGUUGAUAAUAUACACGGACAGGGAAGAAAUGAUGCGAGCAGAGUAUGAGGAACAAGAGGAGGAACGCGCCAUGGAACUCGGUGAAGAGUUUGGCUCCAUGUCGACAGAAAGGGCUCGUUUCUUCGCAUGCCAGCCACAUGUGAUAUAUGGCUUCCACCUCCGUCAUCAUACGUCGAAGAAGUUGCUGGUGCGCCACGUCAGGCGGGUGCCAGAUCAGGAAUGGGGACCUUCUCAAGACAUGGUUGUUGGCGAGUCUGAAAAGGCAUUCCUCGAACGCCUGCUGGCACCCGGGGAGCCCGGGCCAUACCCGACACGUCCUCAACAUCUGCGAACGUCACCAAGGGUCGUCAUGACCGUUCGUGGCCGAGCCGGCAGAGAGGCCAUAGAGGCAGUGUCGAUCAUGGCCAGAAGAUCACUGUAUCGCGUUCAGAUUGUGACAGAGAGUGAAGCCGGACAGGCCGAGCGUACCCUGCAACAAGCCGGAAUGCUCGCGAGCGAAUGGGGAUGCAUCGUGGUCAUCGAAGACGUUCUCGGAGCGUACUAUUUGCGAAACCGGCCCCGAGAAAGUGUGGAUGCCGCUGUAGCAACCCUACUGCGGUUCUUGGACGCCUUCGACGGCAUCGUCAUCCUUUCCUUGCCAGAUGAGGAUGUGCGGCUGGAUCUGAGAAUCGAACAGCGGGUAUGCGCCAGCUUUAAUUUCGUGCGCCCAGCUUGCCGCCGAGUGCUCUGGAGACAAUACAUCAAGAAGUGGACCGAUCACAAUUUCAGACUGAAGGACCUAAGUCCUGAAGACGAGAAGUACAUCGACAAACUUGCGAGGUUUGAGCUGUCAUGGGACGCGAUCCGAUCUUUAGUCGAUGCCGUUGUUCGCACCGCCUUUUACUCGGAGCGGGAGGAGCGCAUCAUCGAUUGGGACCUUCUCAUCGAGAUGGCGGAGAAGAUGGCUGCGCGGUCGUCACCAUCGUCCAGAGCACGGGUGAUGGAAUUGAAGCGCGUGGACCCAGUUGUUCCCAGCGCUAUGGGCUCAUGAAUUUCCCAAGGGGAGUUCCACGGCGGCAACAUGCUCGUAAGUUCGGAAUGGCGGAUUUAGAGAAAGACCGAAC